AUGAACGAAAAAAAUCACAAACAGGCGCCCCAGGUGCAGUCAGAAACGCUUUCACUGAUAAAGAAGCAAUUUUUUAAAACCAAAAUGUGCCCCUUCCAAAAAAAUAAAAACUAUUGUCUAAAUGAGUCCAACUGUCAUUACGCCCACAGCAUUGACGAAUUAAAGCCGAUGCCUGACUUAAGGAACACCAAACUGUGUGAUUAUGUGAAGAAAAAAAUUCCCUGUCGAGAUGCAAACUGUAAGUUCGCCCACGAUAUUGACACGCUGAAGCCGAGCGUCCACUUGGCGACGUACAAAUCAACUAUAUGCAGCUUCUGGGGAAAGGGGAAAUGUUUUAAUGGGAAUAAAUGUCGAUUUGCACACGGAACGGAAGACAUAAAAACGAAUGAACAGAUCGACCUGUUGCAAGGUUCAAAAUGUAGCAAGAAAAAUAAAAAUAAAAUGAAGAGCAAUACCACUGAUCUGAAGCAAGGAACUGCUUCUACCUACUCAUUCGAUACGUGUGAUUAUUCUGUUAAUGGGUCGUCGAAAAAUACAAACAUGUCUUCUUCAUACGAGAAAGAUAGCGAUGUCUUUAUCUGCAGAAGAAACGUAAUAAAAAAUGAAAAAACGAAAAUAAGGAGCAGAAAGAGAACACCCCAUUUGGACAAUGAAGUAACUACAAGGGGCACAAGAGACACAAUAGACACAAGGGACACUCGAGACACAAAUGACACUUUCGAUAAGGAUACGGCGGAUGGAGAUUUCCACCUUCCAGACAGCAGCAACGGAAAUUCCAUUAAAGACGUCCUCAGCAAAAUUGAGAAUCUGGCCCUGUCGACCUUUAUAGAAAAUAAUGACAAGUACACGAAAGUUAUUAAGUACCUUUUGAACGAAAAUAACCUCCUUAAGGAGUCCAUUAAGAAGGACCAGAGUGUCACCCUGUUGGAGAGGGGAUUCCCGGGCGGUUUGAAUCAAGGAGACACGAAGCACCGCGGUGCCAACGAGGGUGGCAUGGAUGGAAGGUGCACAGACGAACGAUGCGCAGAGAAGCCAUAUGAACAGCAGCCAUAUGCAGAGAAGUCAUAUGCAGAGCAACCAUAUGCAGACAAGCAAUAUGCAGGUGAACGCUUCCCCACUUAUCGUUUCGCUACGCAAGGGCUCAUGACCCAACGCUUCUCCAGCCCCAGCAGCAACGAAACCCACUUUGGCUACCCCUCCACCGUCGCAGUAGCAGCGGCAGCCAUCAACCGUAACCUCAACGGUGACGACGACCUGACCAAGUACGUCAUUCCAGAAGAUGCCACAGACAAUUACCUAUUCACAAAUGAUAAGAGAAACCAGAAGCAUGCCAUAUCCAAUUUUGAUGACGGGAUCAAGGCAGACGACAACCUUAAAAGCAUAAUCAAAACCAUAGAUGACAUUCUCAUUUCGCAAAAUGUAGGACCAUUUUCCAUCGUGAAAGAUAUGAACAUUCCCCACGAAAUCAGAGAUGCCUUUUCUGUUAAUAAAAGUGGAGAGCUAACUAACAAAGAGUAUGAAAACUUGAUGAACAACGCGAAGUCAUUCGAAACGGAGAGAAGUGUAUACAAUCACAAUAUUAACUUGAGUAACGUGGCACAUAAUGGCAAACAUAUAGCAAGCGGAGAAGUCGAGGAAGAGGUGCCAAACCAACCGUUUGAGGAAUGCAUAGUAGAUUAUCUUUCGCAAGGAAGGAGGAAAAGGAACUGCUAUGAGGAGAAAUCUCGAGGAGCGCAACAGUCAUCCAUUUCGUAUGGAGUCUCCAUCGGAGGAGGCAUCGACAGUGACGGCAUACACAAUGUGAACAGCAGCGCUAGCAACACGGGUUUCAAAAAUCAGAUACUCGAAUUAGACGAACUCGAUUCCUCGAAAAUUUUCAACCCGUUCGUUUUUCACCAUAAUGAAUACAAGAGCCAGGAGGUGGGGCCAAACCAGCCUCACAAGAUGCCACAAAUGCAGCGCAUCAGCCAGGACGGCUUUGGCAAAAAGGAGGAGAUAAACACGUGGAAGGAUGACACUGUUCUGUUCAGGAAUGACCACAUGGCUAGCUUCGUUGGGAACAACGAGAGGGACGGAGGCUUCAGCGGCGUCAACCAUAUGAUAGGCGUUGCAAGUGAUGACGCGGGCAAUGGUUAUGCCUCCAGUGGGUAUGCUCCCAACGGGUAUGCCGCCAAUGGGAAUGCCGCCAAUGGGAAUGCCUCCAAUGGGUAUCCCCCCAACGUGUUUUCCGCCAAUCCAUUUGCAACCAACGUAUUCGCAUCGAGCGACUGGGCCAGAGCAUUUCCAACAAUCGAUCGCUUCGGACGCAGAGGCUAUGGAAAGAGCGACCUGUUUCUCCCCUCAGGUCAUGGAAAAAAUGUAAACAGCGCAAAAGAGACCAUUCCGAGUGUGGCCACUUCGAGCGUGAGCACAUCAAAUGUGAGCACAUCAAUCCUGACCACUUCAAACGUGGCAACCCCACACCAGAUACAGAAAAAAACAACGAGAAGCGUCACCAUGGGGAAGGAAAAAAAUGCCAAGCUGAAUUUGCGAGAAGGCGCUGAACUGAACGAGAGCGGCAUGAACGUGGACAGAAAUUUCCCAUUCAGCAAUGACAAAUCGGACUUUAUCAAAAAAAUAGAAUGCUUAAUAUCGAAGGAGUUACAGUACAGCGAAACGGAAAACACACACUCUAGCGUAAAAAAUGGGAACCACAUGAACUGGUGUAGUGAAAAUAAUUAUCCGUUUAAGAAGAACACCCAGCUAAGUGACUCGUUACCAUCAGCAUCGAACUACAACACGUCCAUUCCAGAUAUACACAAUCUCACUUUUCUAUACAACAAUAAUCUAGAGAGCAAUAACAACAGAUGGUUUGAUGAGGUGAACCGUGGGAACAGCGUCGGUGUCAAGAAUGGAGAGGUAACGGAUGAAUAUGGAUCUGUGCCACUAAAUAUGGACUUUUCUACUUAUAAAAAGGAAGGAAAUAAUGAACAGAACAUUUGGAACGCAAAUGCUAACUUGAACGAAUUUGUCUACCCGAUGAUGUCCCACGGGUGGAUGAACGAGCAGAACAGCAGCGACUUCUUUGGCGUCUCCAAGUCCGUCAAUUUGAGCAGCCUCAACUAA